AUGGUGAAGUUGCCUGUGUUCUUGGAGUUCAGCACUGGUACUUUUCAUGUUGAGGUAAAAGAAUGGGAUGAAAAAGGUCUGGGGAGAUGGAAAACAUAUCGGAGGCAGAAACGAGAAUGGAUUAAAUUUGCUGCAGCCUGUAGGGAAGGAGAAGAUAAUUCAAAGAGAAAUCCAAUUGCCAGGAUCCGAUCUGACUGUGAAGAAACGCAACCAAUCAUAUAUAAAAUAAGUGGAGUAGGGAUUGAUCAGCAUCCCAUUGGAGUGUUUGUAAUAAAUCAAAAGACUGGUGAAAUUAAUAUAACAAAAAUAGUAGAUCGAGAAGAGAAUCCUGUGUUUAUUAUUAAGUGCCAUGCUAUCAAUGUUUUGACUGGAAAAUCAGUGGAAACACCUCUUGAUCUCCGAGUCCGGGUUCUGGAUAUCAAUGACAAUGCACCAGUAUUUACACAAACCACGUUCUCAGGCUCAAUAAUAGAGAGCAGCAUGGAGAACACCCUGGUGAUGAAAAUAACUGCUAUUGAUGCAGAUGAACCAAAUAAUUUGAAUUCCAAAAUUGCUUACAAGAUUGUGAGUCAGACUCCCGGAGGCCAGCCCAGGUUUAUUCUUAACACAGAGACUGGGGAACUUCACAUUGCAAAUGCCCUUGACAGAGAGGAACAUAGUAGAUACACUCUGGUUGUGAAAGCCACAGACAGGGAUGGAGCUCCAGAUGGAAUAUCUUCAGAAUGUUUAUGUCACGUUGCAGUUGAAGAUGUAAAUGAUAAUUUUCCAACCUUUUCACAGAGUUCGUAUUCAGUAUCAAUAUCAGAGAAUUCACUCAGUCAAGAUCUUCUGAGGAUACAAAUACUUGAUGAAGAUGAAGAAUUUUCAGAUAAUUGGGUUGCACAAUUUGAGUUUUUGUCUGGAAAUGAACAAGGCAACUUUGAAAUAACUGUUGACCCAAGAACUAAUGAAGGUAUCCUGAGAGUUGUAAAGGGAAUUGAUUAUGAACAAUUUUCAAGCAUGCCUCUGAGAAUUGGGGUACGAAACCCCAACCCUUUCCACUAUUCAGUUGUUUCUCAAUCUCAAAGUCAGUUUGCCACAAUUUCAGUACAAGUGCUCAAUGUUCCUGAAGGACCAUCAUUUAGUCCAUCUGUAAUUGCUGUUACUGCUUCUGAAAGCUUAACAAGUAAAGAUAUCCUGACUUACGAGGUUGCAAAAUUCCAAGCCAUUGAUCAAGAUACUGGAAGAGUUGCAACCAAUGUCCGCUAUAUGAUGGGACGUGAUCCAGCUGCCUGGUUUCAGGUCAACCCAACAACUGGCCAGAUCACUUUUAAGCAAGUGAUUGAUCGGGAGUCAAUCUAUGUAGUUGAUGGAGUAUACUCAGCAGAGCUACUAGCUAUCACUAGAGACAGUCCUUUCAUGACAGCCACUGGUACCAUUGUAGUUACAGUCCAAGAUGUCAAUGAUAACUGCCCAAUAGUGACAGAAGAAAUUAGACAAGUGUGUGUAAAAAAUCCAUCUGUAAUAAUCACAGCUAAAGAUCCAGAUGCUCACCCAUAUGGACCACCUUUUAAAUUUACCAUAGUGGCUCACUCCCCAGAAAAUUCAUGGGAUAUCAGAAUAGUGAAUGAAACCUCAGCAGCACUAUACUCUACAAAUAUCAAGUUUGUCAUUCAUCAGGUCCAAGUUAGAGUGUUUGACAACAGUGGCAGAAGCUGUGAAAAGCCAUUGGUGGUUCCUUUGCAAGCCUGCCAUUGUGAUCAACAUGGAAGAUGUGUUGAAUAUGCUACUCAAAGAACCACUAUUACUAUUAUUGGUGGAAGUGCAGGUGGUGGUGGAGGAAUGGCUGGUGGUGGUGGAGGAAUGGCUGGAACGGGUGGUGGGGGAGAUGGUGUGAUUGGUGGUGGUGGAGGAAUGGGUGGGGGAGGAUCUGUUGAUGGAGGAACUGGUGCGGGAAUGAUAGAUGGUGGAGGUGGUAUGACUGGUGCUGGAGGAGGUGUCCUUGACGGUAGUGAUAGUUCAAAGUGGGAUACUGGCAGUUAUGGUACAGGUGGUGGCCUUGACACUUCUGGUGGUUCUGUAUAUGAUGAUGGACUUGGUGGCUAUGCAGGAAGACAAAAUGGAGAAACUACACUUAGUGCUGCUGCCAUUGCUCUGAUGUUUCUCGGAGGAUUAAUAUUUGUGUUGGUUCCAAUUCUGAUGUCACAGAGUGGCUGCUGUGGCUAUCUUGGAUCCGGUCCUGUUGGUGGUGUUGGGGCUGGCUUUGAGCCUGUGCCUGAAUGUACAGAAGGUGCUAUCCAUUCAUGGGGAAUUGAAGGAGCACAGCCUGAAGACCGGGAUGUUUCAAAUAUUUGUGUGCCAGUAACAGCUACAGGCAGAGGGGAAUUUGGUGAAUCAUCUGAAAUCUAUACAACUAAGUAUGCAGAUGGAGGCAUGGUGAGUACCGGAGUCGAAGAAACAACAGGACUUGGCACAGCUAAAGGCUAUGGAACUACUGCUGGUUAUGGAACAACUACAGGCUAUGGAACAACAGGAAGAAAAGAAACAUUUGGAGGGACAAUAAAAGAAUACAGAGAAAGUGGAGUGAAUAUGGCUUUCUUAGACAGUUACUUUUCUGAGAAAGCCUUUGCCUAUGCUGAUGAAGAUGAAGGCAGACCUGCAAAUGACUGUCUCCUGAUAUAUGAUCAUGAGGGUAUAGGUACUCCUGUUGGUUCUAUUGGCUGUUGCAGUUUUAUUGGAGAUGAUUUGGAUGACACCUAUCUGGAUACCCUGGGACCUAAGUUUAAGACCUUGGCAGAAAUCUGUUUGGGUGUAGAAAUUGAGCCUUUCCCAGAUGUUAAUGCACCUAGGCCCUCUCUGCCCAAUCCUGAUAUUGAUUUAAAUCUGCCACCACCUGGAUCUACCAUUGUCAUUAAUACUUCUUCACCUUUGCUUCCACCUACUGCUGUUGGUGGCACAACCGUUGUUACUGAAAACACUUACACAGCUUCUUCUACUGUACAGCCUCCAGUUAGGCCUAUCCCUGACCCUGUGCUCCCUGGUAAUGUAGUGGUAACUGAAACGUAUACAUCAGGGCCAACACUAAAACCUCCCACAAUCAGUGUGGAUCCUCUCUCUGGCUCAAAUGUUGUGGUAACAGAAAGAGUGCUUGCUCCUGCCGCAGUAACUGAUUUGCAUGGCAUGAUAGAUAUACCUGAUCUCCCUGAUGGGUCAAAUGUUGUAGUCACAGAAAGGGUCAUUGCUCCAAAUUCUAGGAUACCUGCUUCUAUGAGCAUUCCUGAUCUAACUGAUGGGUCCAGUGUAGUUGUGACGGAAAGAGUGAUUCGGCCUGCCACUGGCAUACAGGGCAAUCUGAGCAUUCCUUCGGAAUUAUCUACUGGACGCAAUGUGGUGGUUACAGAAAGGGUGGUGUCUGGGGCAGGAGGAAUGAAUGCAGGGGUUGGUGGCAUGAGUGGUGUUGGCGGUGUAGGUAGCAUCACAGGUCAUAUGCUCGGAACUGAUAAUCUCCUUAAUCAGACAAUUGGUUCUGUCUCCCCUGGUACUUCUCGCAGAAGGGUAAUGAAGUACAGUACUAUACAGUAUUCUAAUCAGUAA